AUGGAACUGAAAACAGAAGAGGAGGAAGAGAAAGUAAGAGGAACAGAGUAUAAACCGCUUUGUUAUGACACAGCAUUAGAUAAUGUUAUCAAAUCAACUGCUGAUAAUGGAAGCAAUAAUGAAAUAAUUCAAGGAGAAACAAGAAAGGGAAAGUUAAGUUUAUUCCAACUCUCAGUAAGUUCCGCCUCUCAUCUUACCCUCUCUGUUAAUAUCCUUUUAUUUUUCAUUAAACUUGCUGCAUCCAUUCAAUCAGGAUCACUCUCAGUAGUAUCCAGUCUCAUUGAUUCAGCUCUAGACCUGUUCUCUGGAGUAACCAUUGGAAUCACUAGUUACCUAAUGCAUAAUUAUAACCAGUAUCAGUAUCCAGCAGGCAGAAAUAGACUAGAGCUUAUUGCUAUUAUCAUCACUGCUGCUGUAAUGGGGACUGCAGCUCUACAAAUCAUCACUACAUCCGUUACUGAUAUUAUUAAUAAUUCCAUCAAUCCAAACAUUAAUGGGUUCUCUGGUUCUAUAAUAGGACUCACAAUCCUGUUGAAAGGUAUCCUCUUUUUGCUUUGUUAUCGACUUGACAGUCCUUCUGUAAAAGCACUCAAUGGAUCACAGAAAUGA